AUGGCGGAUCUACUCACUGGAGGUGCCGUUGGAGCUGUAAUGGGAGAAGCCGUGAAACACGCUCUUCUCACAAUCAAAAAGGGUCGAGAAUUCGCUCCCACACUCGAAUCAAACAUCGAAACCUUAAAAGCUUUAGCUCCUUUAGUCGAAGAAAUGAAAGGUUACAACAAUUUACUGGAUCGACCAAGAGAAGAGAUAGAGAGGUUAGAGAAACACAUAAUAGAAGGUAACGAGCUUGUGCAGAAAAGCAAGAAGCUUACUCUAUGGAACUUUCUUUCUUUCCCACGUUAUCAAUCUAAGCUUCAGAAGAAAGAUGAAGGGCUUAAGAGACACUUGUCUGUUAAUGUUCAGGUUGAGAAUAAAAAGGAUUUGAUUGAGGUUUUGGCUAAGGUGAAUGGGAUUUUGGAGAUUUUGAUGAGGAAGGAAAAUUUGGGCCAGUUUGAUGGAAAUCAAGUUAGGGGUUUGUGUGGUGCUCCGGAUGAGCCUGAGUGUUUGGGAAUGGUUGAGCCUUUGAAUAAGUUGAAGAUGGAAUUGGUUAAAGAUGGUGUUUCUGUGCUUGUUUUGACUGGUUUGGGUGGUUCUGGUAAAAGCACUCUUGCUAAGAAGCUUUGUUGGCAUCCACAAAUCAAAGGCAAGUUUGGUGGAAACAUCUUUUUUGUUACUGUUUCAAGAAAUCCCAACUUGAAGAAUAUUGUACAGACACUAUUUGAGCAUUGUGGAUGUCGUGUGCCUGAGUUUCAAACCGAUGAAGAAGCGAUUAACCGAUUGGGACUUCUUCUGAGGCAAGUUGGUAGAAAACCAAUAUUGUUAGUCUUGGAUGAUGUUUGGCCUAACUCGGAAGGCCUUGUUGAGAAGUUCAAAUUCCAAAUGUCAGAUUAUAAGAUUUUGGUGACUUCAAGGGUUGCAUUCAGAAGAUUUGGCACCCCCUGCCAGUUGGAUCCGCUCGAUUAUGGUCCUGCAGAGUCCCUUUUCCAUCACUUCGCGCAAUUGAAUCACAACAGCUCAUACAUGCCUGAUAAAAAUCUUGUUCGCGAGAUAGUGAGAGGUUGUAAGGGUUCGCCGCUGGCGCUUCAGGUCAUUGCUGGAUCACUUUGUCAGCAGCCUUUUGAGAAGUGGCAAAAUAUGAAGGAGUUUUUACAAAGUCAAUCCAUUCUGGAAUUUAAUAGUACUACUACUAACUUGCUUUGUUUCCUUCAACAAAGCUUGGAUAUAUUGGAGGAUAUCAAUCAGAAGGAGUGCUUCAUGGAUAUGGGACUUUUUCCUGAAGACCAGAGGAUUCCUGUUACCGUCCUCAUUGAUAUGUGGGCAGAACUGCACGGCUUAGACGAAGAUGGUACACAAGCAAUGGCCAUUGUCCAUGAUUUAAUCACCAGGAAUUUGAUUAAUGUCAUAGCUACAAGGAAAGUUGCAAGGGAAACAGACAAGUACUACAAUAACCACUAUGUCAUGAUGCAUGAUCUUCUCAGAGAACUAGCAAUUCAUCAAAGCAAAGGGGAGCCGAUUGAACAGAGAAAAAGACUGAUCGUCGACUUAAAUGGAGAUAGUCGUCCUGAUUGGUGGAUAGGACAGAAUCAGCAAGGAAUGAUUAGUCGUGUGUACUCGUUUAUCUCCGGAAUGUUUGUAAAACCGAAACAGCUAAAAGUUGAUGCGCGUGUAUUGUCUAUAUCAACAGAUGAAACAUUUUCUUCGGAUUGGUGUGACAUGCAACCUGAUGAAACUGUGGUUCUGGUUUUAAAUAUUCGGUCUGAAAAGUACUCAUUACCAGAUUUCACAGAGAAAAUGAGUAAACUGAAAGUUUUAAUAAUCACAAAUUAUGGUUUCCAUCGUUCUGAAUUAACCAAGUUUGAACUACUUGGUUUUUUAUCAAACCUGAAAAGAAUAAGGUUGGAGAAGGUUUCAGUCCCUUGCCUGUGCAGACUGAAGAAUCUGCGGAAAUUAUCCCUUCAUAUGUGCAAUACGAAGAAUGCUUUUGAAAGCUGUUCUAUCCAAAUUUCUGAUGCUAUGCCAAAACUUGUGGAGUUGAGCAUUGACUAUUGCAAUGAUUUGAUUAAAUUGCCGGAUGGAUUUUGUAACAUUACCACAUUGAAGAAGCUCAGUAUCACAAACUGCCACAAGCUUAAUGCUAUGCCUCAAGAUCUUGCAAUGUUGGAAAAUUUGGAAGUGCUGAGGCUUUGUUCCUGCUCUGAUUUAGUGGAGAUGUCAGAAUCUGUUAGAGACCUUAUCGAGCUACGUUGUCUCGACAUCUCAGAUUGUGUGAGUCUUCCAAAGUUACCGAACGAUAUUGGUGACUUGCAAAAGCUUGAGAAGUUUUACAUGAAGGGUUGCUCAAACUUGAGUGAAUUGCCUUAUUCUGUCCUUAAUUUUGGAAAUUUAAAGCAUAAAAUAUCUGUGAUUUGUGACGAGGAAGGUGCUGCGCUGUGGGGACAUUUUCCCAACAUUCCAAAUCUAAAGAUAGAGAUGCCUAAAGUAGAUAUUAACUUAAAUUUUCUUCAUGGAACACGUUCAUGA